AUGACUGUUCUAAAGUCAGGUGCCUGUCUCAUCUGCUUGAUCAGGUGCCGCAUAGCAGAUACCCCUCCCUCUCCAUCUGCCAAUCCCCUCGCCAAAAAUCGCACACCCCUCCCCGCUCUUCGCCUUGCACACCUCCCUCUUUCUCACUACCCACCAACUCGCCCCCACACUCCCUCCUCCUCCUCCGCUUCUUUGUGCAUUCUCCCCUCGAGCAGCAGAAAGUGCCUUAAAGGAGGUGUGAUUGAAGCGAAGGGCGCGGAAGUGCGGGAUCAUGCUGCUGAGCAGGAUACGCGCAUCCAGCAGCAGCAGUCACUCAUUACCAACCUCAGGGGGGAGCUUGCUAACCAGGACAACAAAAUCAAGUACCUGGAAGUUGAGCUCAAGAACAUGAAGCACGACGCACGGGAGCACGUUCAUCAGCUGGCGAGACAGACCUCAAAGAUCAACGAGCUGCGCGAGGCUUUCAGUGCCUUCCGGAGGGAGACCAUGUAUCGCCCUGCACCACGAGCGGACCCGCCUGCCAACUCUGCUAGCGGUCGCACCAACCCUUCUCGCUCUGGUGGCGUGGCGGGUGACCCCGGACCUUCUACGCAGCGCGCUGCUGAGCCAAACACGCAGGUUUUUGGCUCUCUGCCGAUUACCCUGCCGCCAUUCAUCCAUGGCAAGACGGACGUGGCGGCAUGGUUGUCAAUGAUGUCCGACCUGUUCAAGGCUCACAAGGUCCAUGACGACGCUCGCGUCAUCGCUGCCACCACCGUGCUGGACCAGAAUGCACACCGAGUGGUGUAUGGCAGCAAGCUCCAGGCUGAGGCGGAUAGGAAGCCGUUUGGGUGGGAGGAAUUCGCCUCUGCACUCAAGCAAGCUUUCCAGGUCCAGCCGACCCAGCUGGAGGUGCGCAGCCGCCUUGAGAAGCUGCAGUGCGGGAACCGCACAGUUCAGCAGUACGCUGUGGAGUUCGAGGAGAUCUGGGUGCUGCAGAAACCGGCGGAACGUAUGAGCGAAGGCGAGAAGAUCCACCUCUUCUUCAAGGGCUUGCCUGAGCACCUCCAGAGCAUGCACAUGACGGAUGGGGCUGGGGAGUCGUGGAGGUCCUAUGAUCACGUGAAGCGCGUGGUGGGGACCACUGAUAAGCAUUUCCGUGCUUAUGCGAAAACUACUACCCAGCCGCAGCAGGCCUCAAGGCCGUCGUGCAGCCCUGCGGGUCCUGGCGGAAGGCAGCAGGCGCCUUGGAAGGGCGGGAACCACAAGAGGCCUUUCCAGCAGGGACAGCAGGCUGACCACAAGGCCAAGAAGGUCAACGAGGGUGGACCAAGCAAUGUCCAGAGCUGCUUCAAGUGCGGCAAGCCUGGACAGAAGGGCUACGAGUGCCGCCACCGCAAGUCGGUGAAGUACUCUGGCAAGCCCAAGACGGACAACAAGCGCCAUGAUGGCAGUGGCCCCUCGGGUGGCCAGCGGGAUUUUGCAAAGCCCAACUAG